AUGCUGCCACAAUCAUCGCAACCGAACCGCGGCGGCUCUCGUCGCCCCAGUGUUGCAAAGUCCCGAGUAUGCGUCCAUUGCGGUCGCAACUUCCGGAGAACGGAGCAUCUAGAGCGGCAUAUUCGCACACAUACCAAAGAGAAGCCAUUCAUCUGUUUCUGCGGGGCCGCAUUCACACGCCGUGACCUUCUAAAACGACAUACCCGCAUCUUACAUCAAGAUAAUGAGCUUGCUUCCCCAACAUCCCAGCCUGGUCAAGAGAGCAAGGACCAUGCCCAAUCAACUAGUCUCCAGGCUCAAAAGCAGCCUGAAGCUCAGCCGAGCCAUGAGGCUCAGUCAAUCCCGCAGACAGAGGUUGCGCUUCCUGUAUCAUCGUCGAUAGAGCAAUGGCCCGGUUCGCACCCGGAACCGUAUCUGGGCGAUGAUCAUCAAAGCAUGCUUCAUACGCGUGGUAGCAAUGCUGUUCUGGACACACACCCCGCAGUGGUUCAUGACGCAGACAUUCUCCAAGCUGCGCAGCUUCUUCUACCCGGUGUUUAUCGCGACGCCCAACCACUUGCUCAACCAUUGACUUGUCUUCCCGAGGAGCUGAACCAUUUCCAAGACUUUACUCACUUUCUGGAUUCGAUUGGACUGCCCGCGGAGUGGGUUCCUACACUCGCAGAGACACCAAACGUUCAUAGUGCAGUGCCUGCCGAUGUACCUGAUCCUGGUGGAUUGGCGAGAGAACAGCAAAACUCAAGUCGCCGCACGCAGAUGGGGGGAUCCCGCGAUGACUCUCCAUUCAGGUCUUGGUUACCAUCAGUACCGCCCGGAGACGCGAGUCUAGGAACGAUCUCCGACCAUGAACCUCCUCAAAACGCGAUGAACCACUCUCCUCUGAAGGUCAGCGAAGAGCAAAGACUGCGCCUCGCAACUUCCUUGGAGGAAUUUCGUCAGCUAAUCCCAGAUUUCGUGUUGCCUUCCCGGCACACCUUGAUGAGAUACUUGACCUCAUUCUUCGAAGGCUUUCACUUACAUCUUCCCUUCAUACAUCUCCCGACACUACGGAUCAAUGAACGUGCUCCAGAACUGAUCUUGGCCUUUAUGGCAGUGGGCGCCCAGUAUCGGCUGGAACAUCGGAAUGCCGAGAAGCUCUUCCAUGCUUCCAAAGCGAUAUUACUCCAUAGGCUCUCAAAGGAACCGCAACCCCAGUCUGGAGGAUCAUAUAGCAAUAUGCAAAUGCCAUUGUAUCACAAUCCCGAGCCUUUUCAACAACACACCCCGGAGCCAGUUCCUUUGCCGCUCGGUAAUGUCCCCGGAUGGAGUGCCUGGAGACAAAUAGAGAACAUCCGCACGCUGCUCAUUCUCAUGGGAUUCGCAUCUUGGGAAGGAGCAGAGCUAGUACAAGAAGCCUUUGGUCUGCAGCACUUGCUAGUGCGAUCAUUGCGCGAAUUUGGCCUGACUGAAAACAUUACGGUCACUCCAAGACAUUCACCUAUGCACUGGCAUGAGUGGGCAGAAGAGGAGUCAGUGCGCCGGACGCGACUUGUCUCCUUCUGUUUUGUUCAUGUACACAGCAUUGCAUACAACAUAUACCCUGUGCUUAGAAGUAGCGAGGUGCACUUGCGCUUGCCCUGUUCGACUCAGGAAUGGAAGGCCACCACGGCGAGUGAAUGGGAGGUCGCACAGAAGGAGAUCAUUUCGCAACAAUUGUUCUUUCAAGAUGCAUUGGCCCUUCUUCUGCAGAACUCAAGGACGCCCGUCAUGUUAAAUCCAAUUCCUACACCUUUGGGAAACUAUAUACUGCUGCAUGGUCUCCUUCAACGCAUUCAUCUGGUAAGCGAGCUAUCCAUACCGAACGGGGACCAAACCUUUUCUCUCCCCACAGAGGAACUUAACAAACUCGAGAGAGCCCUGCGAUCCUGGACUUCCGUUUGGCAACAAGCACCCGAGUCCAGUCUCAAUCCCCAUAAUGAGAAUGGCCCUAUUCCCUUUACCUCCAGCUCGCUUUUGGGCCUGGCCUACGUUCGACUUUCCCUUAACUUGGGUCCUUACCGCCAACUGGAGACACGGGAUCCAUAUUGCAUUGCUGCGGCACUACAUCGCUCACCCCGUCCAGGACGAAGCUAUCGGCUGACACCUGCACUGAUUUAUGCCGCACACGCAUUAAGCAUUCCUGUUCGCUUGGGCAUUGACUAUGUUGCACGCAGCCAAGCAUUCUUCUGGAGCGUGCGCCACUCUCUCGCCAGCCUAGAGUGUGCUGUCCUUCUAAGUAAAUGGCUUUUAUCUUUGGCGGAGGCAGGGAGUGGGACAACGCUGAGUGUCGAGGAAGCUUAUGCAUCGAUGGAUCUCGAAGAAGGGGAGGAAACCCCGAAUCUCGACCCUCGAAGUCUUGGACAUGCCGUCAUCAAGCUUUGGGCCCGUCUAUUCCGAAAGAAUACACAGUGGCCAUUCAUUAAUGUUAUGGGAGAGAGUCUGGAGAAGUACCUGGCGCUGGUACGGACAGGUUGA